AUGAGUGACCCAACCAAACUUGAAGAAACAUACAUCACCGACGCUGGGUUUGGUCACAUUACAUGGACUCCGUCGACCACGGUGGACAGCCUUUCGUUUGUCAAAGCAUUGGAAUUUCGCAUGAUAAGCGAAGUAGACAUCAGAGGAUGUGUGCAUCGCAACCGAUAUACAGAACGCGACGAUGAAGGCACGGACGAAACUGGCUUACCCGUACAUACAUGGCUCGACGCUCUCGUCAAUGGCCUCCCAGCGCUCUUGGAAGAUCAUCGCUUCAACAUCGAGAAGUUGACCCUGGACGACUUGGUCUGGGGCCGCAUCGCGCCACCGACGCAAACAUCUCUCUUAUUCCACUUGCACAACAUCACAGAACUGGUCCUCUCCAAAAUGAGCUUUGAGAAUGCGAACCAGCUUUUGACGAUCCUGGGGUCGUUCCCUCGCCUCUCCACCUUGGAGAUGGACAAGUGUUCAGGCCUUCUCGUCGAAUCAGAUAUGCUGCAAAUUGCUAGGGCUGUGCCCCUCAAUUUGCGCCACCUUCGCUUGGAUAGUCCGGACUCAUCGUACGGGCCAGUUGUCCAAUGGCUUGCCGACGGUGGAGUCAGUGUGACUAUCAAGAAGGCGUUCUUGGUUUGGGAGGAAGUGGAUAUUCCCGCUCUUCUCAAUUUCUUUAGGACCAUCGCUUCCUCUCUGGAAACUUUGACGUACAUGCAGCGUGCACCUAACAAGCUCCACAUAGACGACGAGCCAAUACAGAUGAACCUUCUCGACGACGGCAACGGACCCACAAAGGUCGAUGUAGCCGCGGCCCAAGAGUUGAAACGUCGCACACGCGAAUGCGAGGCCGCAGCGGAGGCAAAUAAUCUCUUGGACAGGCACCCUAUUCAAGCAUGUGCCACCGCUCACCUGCAUGUGCGGAUCACCUGGUCCCGACUGGCUCCUAUUGCGAUCAAGCUCCUCUGUCAGCUGUCCUCUCAGGCCGAAUGCGUCUCUCUACUGCUCGAUUUCUCGCAUUCGACGCCCGAUGACGCGGAAUGGGGCCUCGUCGGCGAGAUGCUUCAUGCACUGGCUACACGACUCAUCGCCGGCAACAGAUGCGCACUCCGAUUGCGUAUGUACCCCGCCGUCUUUGAGAAGCUGCCCCGGGUCGCCGCCGAAGGGACUGGCUGGGACUUUAGUCUCACCCAUGACGAGUGGGAUUACGAUCCACAUCGCUCAGAUUCCAUGCUCUCACGAUGUGGUUUAACUCGGCUGGGAGCCCAAUACUAUUAUGUGUCACUGUCUACAGGUUGCGAGAUUGAGUGGCGGUUGAUGACAAUCAGUCCUAUCAUCCAUUGGAAAAGAGAGAUCGAGGAUCUAUGUCUGCGUUCGACGAGUAAUGGCCCAGCUCCUGUGCUUGCUCAGACGGCUACGCGCCCUUUCACCUCAGUGAUCCCAUUCCGAAUAUCCGGACCGCCUCAAUCAGACUCGGCGCAGCGUGUAAACAAUAUCUCGCUCUUCUCCAAGCACGACCCUAUCAAAGGAACAUACAUAAUCGAUCCACUGCUACCCACGGUACCUAUGAGUACCGGUCUCUUCUCUGGUGAACACAACGUCCGUAAGAUAGGGCAGGAAGCGGCACGCGAUACAAGAACGCCAGGAACGAGUUUCGACGGGGGCUCUGAUAACGUGUCCGAUGUCAACGCAGCAUUCCGCACUCGUCGCAGCCCCAUUACCCUCGAUUUAGCCGUGGUUGGAGACAAGCCACAAGGGUCCGACAAGUCGAGAGCACGCAUAAUGGCGUCGGCUCGCCACGGGAACAUCGCCGUAAAUCUUUUUCAAAUACAGCAGAGCCGGUGUGUGGACCUCAAUCUGCCUUUCCGGCAAGGUAACAUGAUCGUCUUGCUUCCUCCUGAUUUCGACGGUCCCAUUACGAUCCGACAGCGGCGGGGUCGCAGCGCAAUCAGUUUUCUGCCCGCAUUCGCUGAGCGCGCCCUGGCGGUCUUUUCUGUUUCGGGUUAUUUCAUUUAG